GGGGGCGUCAAUUCUCAGCCGUCCCUGAUAAAAGGGAAAAAGGGAGGCCAAAACGAGAGAGCGUCAACAUGAUCAACUUAUUCGCGUUCCUGGUGGAGAAGCUCUCCCUCCUUUGCAACCUCAAAGUCUUCUUUGAGGCCACGUCCGUGCAGGGCCACGAGAGACCCACGCAGCGCGGACACCCGCUGCGCAGGGGGGACCUCCUGGAGGUGCCCAGGAUUCUCUUCACGCACUUCGGCAUCUACCUGGGCGACAACAAGGUGGCGCACCUCAUUCCGGAUAUCCUCCCUGCGCUCACCGAUGACCGCCGGCUCCUCUGCUCGGUGGUGACCAACAAGAGGCUGAUCGUGGGCUGCGUGUACAAGUGCGCCACGGUGCGAGUGGACACGCUGGAGGACUUCGCCUUCGGCUCCCGCAUCCUGGUGAACCCCAUGGAUGCCGGCGCCGGAACCAAGGCGCUGCCCGGGGAGGAGGUGGCUCGCAGGGCGGAGGAGCUGGUCGGGAGUGUCCCCUACAGCUUGCUGUGGAACAACUGCGAGCACUUUGCCACCCACUGCAGAUAUGGACGUGCUGCCAGCAGACAAACCGAGCAGUUCUGCGAGUGCCUAAAAUCUCUCAUCAGAGACCAGCGCAGCGUCUUGGUCACCGGAACGCUGGGCAUCAUCUCCAUGGUCUUUUGCGGAAUUGCUCCUUCCACGACGUUACCUACGAUCCUUAUUCCCUUCACUCUGUGGAUGGCUGGAUGAUUUCAAAGUAUAUUCUCUAGUUUGCUAUGUGCCUUAUAUUUUGUGUUAAAUAUGUCAUCUAAUGCAUUUCCUGAUUAUAUUUGUUGCUGUAACGACAAUAACUGGCUUAUUUCUUCAGCAUUAUAGUGGAUAUUGUUUUUAGUUGUGUAUGAUAUGGUGAUGUAAAUAAUAAAAUGUUAUUUUUACCAAGCCGUCUUGUCCUAAACAAUGGGAAACACCUAACAUCCUAUGAAGUGCUGAAUAACGAUGAGAACUCUCGUUGAGCCGA